AUGUUAUACUUUUAUCAGAAAAUGUAUUUUAUAUUCACAAUGAUUGUAGCUUUAACUCUAAGUAUAAUAAUUUAUCAGGUGUAUUUAGUUCAAAUCAACAAUAAAUCAUAUAAUUCAGAAGCACCUAUAAUUUUAUGGUGGACACCCUUUGGAAAUGAUGAUAAAUUACGAAACUGUGGCAAUUAUCAGUGUUAUUUUACAAGCAACAGAUCCUCCCAAUAUGAAAAGCAGAUAAAAAGUUUCCUUUUCUAUGGUAGCAACUUUCAAAUUAAUGAUUUACCAAAAUGGAAAUCCGAUAAGAUUCCAUGGGGUCUACUUCACGAAGAAUCUCCAAGAAAUAAUCCAAUCUUUGUUCAAGAGAAAACUCUGAAUCUUUUUACAUAUUCCUCAACAUUCAGUAGAUUUAGUGAUGUACCUCUUACUCUUGUAGAUCUACCUGGAAUUACAGAAUUAUUAAGUAAAAAAUAUUUUGUAUCCACAAAAGAAAAAACUAGAUUAAUGCAUACAAAAAAUCUAGCACCAUUACUUUAUAUACAAUCUGACUGUGAUACUGCAAGUAACAGAGAUAUUUAUGUAACUGAACUAAUGAAGUAUAUACAUAUAGAUUCAUAUGGUAUAUGUUUAAAUAAUGCUGAACUUGAUAAAAGGUUAAAAGAAAAUUAUCUUGAAAUAUUGAAUAAUGGAGAUUUUCUUUCUUUUAUUGCCAAUUACAAGUUUACAAUAGCUUUUGAAAAUGCAGUCUGUGAUGAUUAUAUAACUGAAAAAUUGUGGAGGCCCUUGGUCGUUGGAUCUAUACCUGUAUAUUAUGGAUCGCCAUCAUUUAAAGAUUGGCUUCCAAACAAUAUGUCUGCUAUUUCGAUACUUGAUUUCAAAGAUCCAAUAAAUUUAGCAAACUUUUUACAUAAUCUUUCUAAUAAUGAAACUGAAUACAACAAAUAUUUAUCUCAUAAAUUAAUUGAUAAAUAUGAAAUAAAUAAUGAAAGAUUAAAAAUGGCAUUAAAUAAAAAUAAGGAGUCCAAUAAAUUUGGAAAUUAUGUUGAAGAAUUCGAAUGUUUUGUUUGUGAAAGCAUUCAAAAAACAGAGAAAACAAAGAUUGUUGAUAAAAAACAUUAUGAUUGUCCAUUACCAAAAGAUCCAUUAACACAUAAAAUUGAUCAUUCUAAUUGGUGGACUCAACAAUGGAUUUUAGGAAAAUGUGAAGCAAAAAUAUUAAGUUAUUCUCUCCAGAAUAACCUUACAAUUAAUAUAGAAAAUUUUGAAAAAGAUAAGAUGAAAUUAUAUGAUAAAAAUGAAUGUUAA